CUCGGCGUCUCUAUGGCAACAGCCCCACUUCCGCGCAGUCGGGACCACCAUGGCUGCCGGGCAGCCCGGCGACCUGGGCGGCUAUUACUUCAGAUUCCUGCCCCAGAAAACUUUCCAGUCCCUGAGCUCCCGGGAGAGCACGGCCCGGCUGCGCCAGUGGUCCAUGCUGGGCAGAAUCCAGGCGCAGGCGUUCGGGUUCGACGAGACGUUCCGGGCUUAUCGGAAGGACGAGUUCGUCAUGGCUUUUUUCAAAGACCCAAAUGUUAUUCCCAAUUUGAAGUUACUUUCAGAUUCUUCUGGACAAUGGAUUACAUUAGGAACUGAAGUGAAAAAAAUUAAAGCUAUGAACGUUCCUUGCACACAGCUUUCAAUGUCAUUUUUUGAUCGGUUAUAUGAUGAAGAUAUUGUACGAGACAAUGGACAUAUUGUUAAAUGUUUAGAUUCUUUUUGUGAUCCCUUUCUGGUUUCUGAUGAGUUAAGAAAAGUUUUGCUAAUGGAAGACUCAGAAAAAUAUGAAAUAUUCAGCCAACCAGAUAGAGACGAGUUCCUGUUUUGUCUUUUCAAACAUCUUUGCCUUGGUGGAGCCCUUUGUCAAUAUGAAGAUGUGCUUAACCCAUAUCUGGAAACCACAAAGCUUAUCUAUAAGGAUCUACUGAGUGUUCGAAAGAAUCCUCAAACCAAGAAAAUACAAAUAACCUCUUCUAUCUUUAAAGUCACAGCAUAUGAUUCUAAUGGUGUGUGCUACCCUUCAACAAAGAAUCAUGAACAGACAUUUUCUUACUUUAUUGUGGAUCCUAUCAAGCGUCAUGUUCAUGUUUUAUACCACUGUUUUGGUGUGGGGGAAAUGUCUUAACAAUGUUCUUCCAGAUGAUCUAUAUUUAUUGUUUUUUAUUUAUCAUUUUUUAUCUUAACAUAAAUAUUUACAAGUUAAUUUGAGUAAAAUGUAAAAAAAAAACCUACUUAGAGCAGAAGCAAACAACAAGAUGACUUUCUUUAAAUUUGUCUGGAAUACUAAUGCAGGGACCAAAUUUCUUCCCUAACAUAAUUUAUACUAAUACAGUGUGUAAUUUUUACACAAAAUUACAAAGAACUAAAAAUCUAGUCCAUAUCUGCUGCAUUAAGAUUCAACUAAGUCUUUAAUUUUCCAGGUAUUUUAUUUAGAAGUUAAUUCUGGAUUGAAAUUGUAGCAGGAAAUUUGACAUCUCUACCAAUCGUUAGUAUGAAUUAUUAGCUUUUCAAAUUUGAGUUUUAAUUCCAUUCCUUUGUACAUAAAGAUUUACAUCUUGAGGGCUGUGAAAACAAUUCCUUUGCUUCACUUGUCCCACUUAAAAUCCUCAAUAAAAAGAUAUUCUGGACCUUU